UAAGAAGACGAAGAAGAAGAAGAACAAUACAGACUGCUGGACAGGCAGUGCUGCAUAUUUUGAUUUUAUGAUAGAUAGGUUUUAUACUGUUUUUCUAUUUAACGACCCCAUGCAGUGUUUCCAGAAUGAGUGACGUCGGGGCAGCUAUUUUUAAACCGCGGAGAGAAACGACGUGGUAGUCCAAGUAACAAUACUCAACCCUCGUUAGCUAACAUUAGCAGGUUUCAGGUGUUAGCAGACUUAGCUAACGUAUGUGAUAACUCGGUAGCUAGUAGAAAAAGUUGUUUUAGCGACGUUUUGGGGGGAGAGUAGGGUAAUUCCGAUCGCCUGUUAAACAUUUCUUUGUAUUAGGUGUAAGUCAACAAGGCAACCAACCGGCAAAGCCUGAUGUGUUUAUAUUCGUUAGCACCGUUGCGUGGUUGUAAUUCAAGCUAGCAAGAUAACAUUAAAUUAGCUUAGCUGCUACAAACGACAACAUCCACCAAACUGGACAAAACUUUGGAUUUAGUCGGGUUUAAAUCGGGCUCAGCGGGUUCGCUGACCCCUCAGAAGAAGAUGAAGAAGAGGAAGGAGCUGAAUGCCUUGAUCGGGCUCGGGGACAGCAAGAGAAAGAAGACCAAAAAGGGGUCCGGUCACCGACUUCUCCGAACCGAGCCGCCGGGUUCAGAGUCCGACUCGAGCUCGGACGACGAUGAGUUUAACAACCUGAGCAGCGGAGCCAACUUUGGGAAAAGAAGCUACACACAGUGCUGCAAUGUGUGCUACCCCUUGUUUUUGUUCAUCAUACUAGCUGCCUGCGUUAUGGCCUGUGCUGGACUCAUAUGGAUGCAGAUUGCUCUGAAAGAAGAUCUAGACACACUGAAAGAGAAGCUGCAUAGCAUGGAAUCCAGCCAGAAGGUGUCGUCAAGUGAAAUACCCAAACUAAGCGAGGACCUUAAAAACAAGGAGCGAAAGCUUGACGACAUUGAAAACGGGGACAAAGGGUUGAGCAAGCUCUGGUCUAACCUAACAGAAAUGAACAGAAAGAUCAGUUUGCUGGAAUCUGCAGUAAACCAUUUAAAGGCCAACUUGAAAUCAGCGGCUGAUUUAAUCAGCCUUCCCACCACGGUUGAAGAUCUUCAAAAGAGUGUUGCUACAAUUGGCAGCACACUAACAAGUGUACAGCACGAUGUGAAGACUAUGCAGGCUGCUCUUGAAAAUGAGAAAAAAGAUGACGACUUCAAGAAGAAAAUGGACAUAACAGACCUGAGAAAAGCAAUGAAUGAGGCUAACAAGACAGAGGAGCUGCACCAUACACAGGCUGAUGAGCAGAUCCACAUUCUCCUCUCUACAGUUGCAGAUCUUCACCAGAGAGUGUCGUCAUUAGAGAACCGGUCAAAGGAAAGCUCAAAGGACAACGAGGCAGCAACUCCACUGCCAAUCACCAGUGAAAGUCCAGCUACUGAGACGGUGAACGAAGCUAUGACAACCAAAGUAUCUCCUGGUGAUUUGCAAGAGAGAGCCACACCACUGACAGAGCCUCAGAAAAACAGACGUCCACGCUUCUCAACGUCAAACCGCUCUAAGAGAAAUGCUGACAUAACAUGCCCAAAGGUGUUCCUGCCUGGUGUCAAUUCUCUGAAAGAUUUGGAAGACAUCUUCCAGCAGGCAGGCAUUGGACGUAAUUCACUUGGAUUGACCUACUAUGCCCUGAGUAAAGUAUUUGGAACAUCAACUCCCAGUGCUCGUACCAUGGAGUGUUUUGACAAUGACGGGGACCAGAGGUACUCCCUGAUGGAGCUGAGAGCUGCUGUAGGUUUGUGAUCACAUUAUCACUGACAGCAGUGAACAGUAUUGACUACCCUGGGGGUUCGGAGAUCCCGGCCCUUUUCUGUAAUCGCUGCACUUUUGUGAACUGAAUAUUUAUCAUACUGAUUGUGGAACAAUGGCGCUGGCAUGCCCCCCAUACUCACUCCCUCUGCCCAGUCCAUUUUGACACAACCUCGUCCACAAAACGUACGCUUACAUUUUAAAAUUAAUCUAUAGGAGUUCUGUAUGCAGAAUAUUCAGCUCUUAUUUUAGAAAAUCCCAUGGUUUAUAUGAAAUAAAUCAUGAAAAUAAGUGUUGUGAAUAAUUUUGAAUCCCGUUUUCCACCCUCAAUUCUCUCAGUUGCUGUUUUCCUGCACCUGUUUUAAAACAAUAUAUAUUAUUUCAACUGAUCGGUGUCAUCUUGAUGUAACGUUUUUUUUGUAUUUAGCUUCUCUGGUGGCUGUACUUGUCAGUCUAUUGCAGAUGUCCCCACCCAUCUAGACAAACACCUGUUGCAACUCACCUGAACCUUAUUUAUAGAACCCGAGAUAGAAUUUAAUGAAUGUUUACAAAUGACUACUAGAAACUGAUUUCAGUCUUUUGUUUUGUUUUUAGACCGAUUCCUAACUUAACUGAGAAACAACUGAGCAUAAGAGUGGGGAUUUACAUAAUGCUCUUUUCUUAACUUAAAUUCAGAUUUCUUUCUGUUCAGUGUGUUUUUUGUUCUCAUCUUCAAUUAGUUGCUCCAUUUUCAUUGGGAUUGGUUUUUAGUUCAUCUGUAUAUUUAUCUGUAUUUUUUUGCAGCUUUCAGUUCUACAAGUUUUGAAGGGCUAUGAACACUGAAUCAUUCAGAAAGAUAUUUGAAGUAGUAAAUUAUGAGGCAUAUGUAGCAAUAACAAAGUGACAUAGAUAUUGCUUGUUUAGAGUUGCAGCAGACAGAAGGCACACCUAGCUCACAAUGUGUAACAGGUAGCAUACGCACUGACUCACUCUUUACUUGAUUUAUUUUAUUCCAUUUUAUGGGCCUAAUAAUGGUGUAUUUACAUAAAUUUGUCAUACUCAAACAUUGUUGUAUACUGUAAAAAUGGUUUAAAUGUAUUCAACACAUGUUGUAAAGGAGUUCGGGUUUGCUUUAUAGUCUUAACCUCAACAGUGUACAUCUUUUAAAUAAUUCUGUUGUGCUUUGCAUGUUGCUUAUAAUGUAACAUGAACAAAUUAUUUAUAAAUGUAACAUAGCAAGCAGACUACUUGUUUUUCUGCAGGACAAUAGUUAGUUGAGCUCAAACAACAGCUUUGGCCAUCAUGACAGAUUUUUGCAUCCAUGCUGCUACUGUACAUGGGAGAUUUUAUGAAUGUUUUUGUGUGAGCAUCAAUGAAUAAACAGUUAAAAGGUU